AAGCGCUGCCGCGCCCGCCGGAAAAGCUCCCGCGCCCAGGCCCGUCCGCGCCGCCCGCCGCCCCGCCGCGCCAUGACGGACCGCUACACCAUCCACAGCCAGCUGGAGCACCUGCAGUCCAAGUACAUCGGCACGGGGCACGCCGACACCACCAAGUGGGAGUGGCUGGGGGACCAGCACCGCGACUCGUACUGCUCCUACAUGGGCCACUUCGACCUGCUCAACUACUUCGCCAUCGCCGAGAACGAGAGCAAGGCGCGCGUCCGCUUCAACCUGAUGGAGAAGAUGCUGCAGCCCUGCGGGCCGCCCGCCGACAAGCCCGACGAGUCGUGACCCUCCGUCCCCUGCUGCCGGCCCUCUCUCCUGCGUGGUUCCCGCCGAGGACUGACCGGGAGAAGCCUCGCAACAUGCUUGCUUCUGGACUCUGACUGUGCAGUCGUUCGCCUUUUUUUCAAGCGGAAUAUAAUAAAGCUUCCUGGGCAUUCCUAA